CCCAAACUGGAACGCUUUUCAAAGCGAACCCAAAUUAGCACGGAUGGCGGAUCGAUCCCGAGCGUUCCCGUGUAAACGGAAGGCCGAUCCGUACCAGUUUGGCAUCGAUCCCGGCCUGGACGACACUGCUGAAACCACUUCCUUUCCAGCACGCCACUGCUGAAACCACACAACAGCUGUACACGGUCAACAGUCACAUUGAUUUCAGUAGCUUCCUCCAGGAUUAAAAGAAACAAUGCCGAGAGAAUACAAAUGUGUUACUAAGUAACAAGCAAAAUGAAAUUCGAAAUAUACUUCCUGUGUAACUUUGUUGGUAGGAACCAUUAAACUAGAAUGCUGAGCAACACAAGUAAGGGGUGGCGAUGCGGACGCUUCGAAGCAUGAUGUGUGUUGCAAGGCAAAGCACAAAGCAGUAUACAAUCUAAUUUCCAGCACGCCACUCCCAAAACAACACAACAGCUGUACACGGUCGACAGUCUUAUUGUUUUCAGUAGCUUCCUCCGCAUGAACAAUAUGAGAUAAGCGGGUCACAUGAUUCAAUUGAGAAUUUCAUUGGUCUGUGACACAGGCUUAAAUUAAAUGAGCUUCGCCACAGAAUAGGGUACCAGUUAUUGUCAGUGGGUGAGGGAAGGUGGCAAGCUAACAGGACGUGGUGCAGUGGCAACAGACAUAAGCAACUUUCAAGAUGACACUUGUUUGGUUUAUGGCUUUUUGCCUAGCGACUGCCGUUGCAAAAACACACAAUGAACAGAAGUGCUUGCAGAACUGUUUGGCAUUUACAGAUCAACUCAAACGAGCUGGCCCUGACGUUUUGCCUGCCGAAGAAGCAAAAAAGAUGUGCAUAAACAGUGUUAUUAGCAGCGACAGUGACGAAUGCAAAAAAAUUGUCAGCUAUUCAAGAGAGCUUCAAGUUCUUUUGAAGGCUGGAGUCCCAAAACGCCACGCAUGCCGAAAGUCUUGCAAAACCAAUGUCAAAGGCACAGCGAUUAAUUUUCCGAGGUCUGAAAAAUCAUGCAAAAUCUGUAAAUUGGUCGUCCAAUACGUAUCGUUAGGAAUAAAGAUGUUUAAAAAAACAGAAGGUGAAAUCAUCGACUCCGUCAACCACUUGUGUGAAAGCCUGUCUAGCAAGAAAGUCCAACAGUGCAAGAAAAUAGUUGGGUAUGUGGACGAAAUAUUCAAGUUGGUUUUGAAAGGUCUUGCACCCGGGGAUAUUUGCAUCAAGCUGAAGUUUUGCGAUGGAAUCUUAAAACCUUCACUACUUCCUGCUUUUGCUCUGGAAAGCAAAACGCUGAUGAAGACGAAAGAAAAUCGCCCCUGCCAACUUUGCCAGGUUUUGAGAGACACGAUAUACGACUCAUCGAGCGAUGCCAUGUCAACAGCAGAAGGAAUUGAGAAGGCUUUCAAAAUUAUUUGUGGUGCUAGAAAACAGCCUAUGGAGAAAUCGGCUUCUGUUCAAUUUCCGCAGUGCAAAGAUGUAAUAGCCAUGUCAAAACUGAUGGUCAUCUAUCUUAAUGCUGGUGUGGCAAAACAGCGUGUCUGCAACACAAUUUGCAUUGAAAGUACCACAAAGAAGGCAGUAAGAUCCGAAAAUUCCUGUAAGAUCUGCAAACAAGUGGUGAAUUAUGUCUCUAUGGGAAUAAAGAUCUUCAACCAAACCGAAAAGGAAAUUAUUGACUCGGUUAAUCAGUUCUGUACAACGUUUUCUAGAAACCAAAAACAAGAUGGAGAGUGCCAGAAAAUAGUGGGGUAUGUCGAUAUGGUAUUCAAGAUGGUAUUGAAAGGAAUGGAUGUAAGCCAGAUAUGUGUCCAAUUAGACUUCUGUAAUCAAAUGGAGAGUGUGCUGCCAUUCGAAACAAGGCUUACCGGCUUGCUAAAGUCAUUCGGAAACCGGAUUUCUUCCUAUGCAAGAAAAGCAGCAGGAAUUGCCACAAAGAAGGCACUAAGAUCCGAAAAGUCUUGUAAGAUCUGCAAACAAGUGGUGAAUUAUGUCUCUAUGGGAAUAAAGAUCUUCAAACAAACGGAAAAGGAAAUUAUUGACUCAGUUAAUCAGUUUUGUACAACGUUUUCUAGGAACGAAAAACAAGAUGAAGAGUGCCAGAAAAUAGUCGGGUAUGUCGAUAUGGUAUUCAAGAUGGUAUUGAAAGGAAUGGAUGUAAGCCAGAUCUGUGUCCAAUUAGACUUCUGUAAUCAGAUGGAGAGUGUGCUGCCAUUCGAAACAAGGCUUACCGCCUUGCUAAAGUCAUUCGGAAACCGGAUGUCUUCCUAUGCAAGAAAAGCAGCAAGAACUGCCACAAAGAAGGCAGGAAGAUCCGAAAAGUCUUGUAAGAUCUGCAAACAAGUGGUGAAUUAUGUCUCUAUGGGAAUAAAGACCUUCAACCAAACCGAAAAGGAAAUUAUUGACUCAGUUAAUCAGUUCUGUACAACGUUUUCUAGAAACCAAAAACAAGAUGGAGAGUGCCAGAAAAUAGUGGGGUAUGUCGAUAUGGUAUUCAAGAUGGUAUUGAAAGGAAUGGAUGUAAGCCAGAUAUGUGUCCAAUUAGACUUCUGUAAUCAGAUGGAGAGUGUGCUGCCAUUCGAAACAAGGCUUACCGGCUUGCUAAAGUCAUUCGGAAACCGGAUGUCUUCCUAUGCAAGAAAAGCAGCAGGAAUUGCCACAAAGAAGGCAGUAAGAUCCGAAAAGUCUUGUAAGAUCUGCAAACAAGUGGUGAAUUAUGUCUCUAUGGGAAUAAAGAUCUUCAACCCAACCGAAAAGGAAAUUAUUGACUCAGUUAAUCAGUUCUGUACAACGUUUUCUAGAAACGAAAAACAAGAUGAAGAGUGCCAGAAAAUAGUCGGGUAUGUCGAUAUGGUAUUCAAGAUGGUAUUGAAAGGAAUGGAUGUAAGCCAGAUAUGUGUCCAAUUAGACUUCUGUAAUCAGAUGGAGAGUGUGCUGCCAUUCGAAACAAGGCUUACCGCCUUGCUAAAGUCAUUCGGAAACCGGAUGUCUUCCUAUGCAAGAAAAGCAGCAAGAACUGCCACAAAGAAGGCAGGAAGAUCCGAAAAGUCUUGUAAGAUCUGCAAACAAGUGGUGAAUUAUGUCUCUAUGGGAAUAAAGACCUUCAACCAAACCGAAAAGGAAAUUAUUGACUCAGUUAAUCAGUUCUGUACAACGUUUUCUAGAAACCAAAAACAAGAUGGAGAGUGUCAGAAAAUAGUGGGGUAUGUCGAUAUGGUAUUCAAGAUGGUAUUGAAAGGAAUGGAUGUAAGCCAGAUAUGUGUCCAAUUAGGCUUCUGUAAACAGAUGAAGAGUGUGCUGCCAUUUGAGUCAAGGCGUACCGGAAACCUGAUGUCUUACUAUGCAAGAAAAGCAGCAGAGGUCUACCAAGAUUUGCCAACUGUUAUUGAGAGAUAUCAUAAAGUGGAAAGCGGUAAAGAGGUGACCAGUAGCAGCAAUGAUAAAGCUUGCGAUUUGUGCAAAACAGUUACAAACAUAGUUUACUAUUCAGUAAAAUAUGCUAAUUCAACCAUCGAAGCCAUAGAAGAAGCAAUCAAAGUCAUCUGCAAUGCCCAAGUAGGACCUGUGAAAAAAUCGUGCCUGUUCUACCUAUCAAAAAUAGACGAGAUCAUCCAAUACAUAGAGAAAGGACUGAUGCCAAAUGACAUUUGUGUAAAACUUGGCUUCUGCAGCAAAACAGUCCACGAAACUAACAAUCUAUCUUGGCAAAAUGUACAUGAAGAAUAUCAGACAACUGCAAGGUCAGUGUGCCGCAUCUGCCAUUCCACCGAGAGGAUUGUCAAGAAAGACAUGAGAACAUUUGAGUCAAGUUUAAGAUUGAUGACAAAGUACGCCCAAAUAGCUUGCAUCAGCCCACUAAACGAAAAUCUCAAGGAAAAGUGCUCGUAUGCAGCACAAGUAAUACAGUCAGCUGAGCAAUUAAGAAAACAGAUACUGGAUCCAAGUGAAUGCAAAAAAGUCAUCUGCAACAAGCCUUUUAUCAUUGCAAUGCACAUUGCAAAGAAGACAAAUAACCAAGUCUGCGAUAUAUGCCGUUACGCUGAGAACAUGUUGGUGAAAAGGUUUCAAAAUCUCGAUAAAACAAUGCAGAUGUCCUUGUCCGAAGUCGAUAAGAUCUGUGAUAUGAUUCCUUACAGCAGUCUAUCAUCAAGGUGCCACUCCUAUGUCAACCGUACCAAAGCUGUUUGUGACAAUAUUGUGGAGAAGUUGAAGUCGGCCAACUUGUGUGUCAAACUGAGAUUAUGUCCCAAACAGAUUGAAGAUGAAAAAGAAGGAGGAAAAUUCUUCCAGCAUUUUUUCAAAGGUGAUGGAAAAAACCCCAUGUGCAAUAUCUGCAUAUCAUCUGUCAAAGCAGCCCAAGCUAAAAUGGGGAGACGCCGGAAUGCACAAAAAUUUGCAAUGCCGUGUGCAAGAUUGGAAAGGAUUUCAGGAAAAAAAAUUUGCUCGGAGUUCAACAUAAAUGCAAUGAUUGGCAGGAUCAACUGGGGGGAAUCGCCAGAAAAAGUUUGCAAGAGGAUGCGACUGUGCGAUGAUAAAUCUUCCGUGGUUGAUAUUUUUGCUGGCAUUGCAGGGGAAAUGAUGAAGAUGUUUGGUUAAAGUUUGGUGGAUAUUUAGGCCUUUGACUGUAACGACUUUUAAACUUUUAAUGUUUUUUAAAACUUUUUUGCAUUUUGUAUUCACGUUUCUACUACUUAACGUUUCUAUUUUCUACUCUACUUCUACUUGCAUUUUGUAUUCACAUUUAGUGGCAUAAUUACUGCCAUUUUCUUGUUAUAUCAUUUUAUGCUUUAAUAAUAUUCUUCACUGUUA